GGUCAAUUCCCUUCUUGACCUGUUGAACGACCAAUAUACUAUAUUCAAUUCCGAAUUGAAUCUCGACAGGAACCGAAUCCCACAUUCAAGAUGCGAUCGACACUUCGGCUGCUGGCCAAUGUUAAGCAGGCCCGCUACCUCGAGCCUUUCGCUCCUACCGGGUUGACCGGUCUCCAAACCCAUCCGAGUCCCCGCCCGACUUUGAUCUUUCUCUACACCUCUACCUUGCAGAAAUUGAAGUCUUUCCCCGAAUCGUCGGUCUACCGUCAGUCCACCGAGGCAUUGACCAACCACCGUCUCCAAAUUGUCGAGUCGACCAAGCCGCCUGGAUUCGAUGCUUGGCUAGAACGCGCCCGGAAGGCCGUGGCCGCGGAGCCCGAGCGGUUCGCCUCUCUUCGUCGCUCCGAUGGCACGUAUGCCGCCCAUCAGCGUGAUGACCAGACCGAUGAUCCCCGUGGCGAGGAGUGGGAUGGUGAGCAGAUUGAGCCGACUACCGAAGGCCCUCACCGCACGGCAGCACAGGAGGCGCAAUGGGCCAAGAGCAUUGAUGAGGCUACCAAGACCGAAAAGGACCCCUGGGAUUUCCACACCGAGCAGAUGAAGUGGGAGAAUGAGCCUGCUCUCCUGGCUGACCAGGUCGCCGAGAUUGAGAAGCAGCUUGGUGCCGGUCUGAUCGAGGAGGUCAUUCAGGUUGCGGAGCGCGAGAACAAGCUCGUGGACGAGAUGUACAACUCCAAGGUGUGGGAGGAACUCGCUGAGAAGCCUAGCCCUGGCCAGUGGACUUACUUUGAGCGCACGUAAAGGUCUAAUGGAAGAUUUUCCUAAAUCGUUAAUCUCGAACCUGUAUUUAUUACCCAUUGUGUGUCGAAUAGAAAAAGCAUGCCCUUCGAUACAACAGCAUCCAUUAUAAAGUCCUUGUCUGUCUCUUUUUCUAGGGCAUCUGAAUGGAGACGGAUUGAACGUACGGAGUAGGCCGGGGAUCAUGCUUCUAAGGGGGGCUUCAUGUUGGUGUGAUAGUGAGGUAGUCUACUAUGCCCUCACUAGUACCUUUACCCCAGGCCAAUUGAAAUAUGCAAUUACAUC